AUGCAGCGCCACGCUCUGCUCACGGCCCUGCUCCGCUCACCACCGAGUCUGCGGUCGGAGAUCCUUCGGCAAGGCCUGUCGAGUCAAGCCGGAGACGGUUGGAAUAUUUUUGGCCAUGGUCUCACGGCAGCGCCGAAGAGUCAUAUAAGGAGCGGAAAAGUCCUGUUGGGGAAGAGGUUGCAAUCUACCACAUCGAGUUCGACUGUCGAAGCCGCCUCCGAACACACUCCACCCCCAACACCACCACCCGGACGAUCGCGAACGUCCCGUUUCCUCACCACUACCGCCCUAUCCCUCCUCCUCUUCACGGCAGGUUUCACCAUGUGUGCUGCUCCAGCCGCGGAGACGAUCAAUGGCUAUGUCCACCCACCCACCGACGCCGAGACCCUCGAGCUAUUCCUCCCUUCCACGCCCCGAGAAGAGGAAAUCGACGCCUACAUCCUCCACCAUCCCCUUGCAGUCACAAUGCGAAGUCAGCCGGGCAUGUCGGAGAGCAGACCACACAUGCGGAUACCGCCUGCAAUGCGACCUCACAAUCUGACCGGUGGCGUACUGGCAGGACAAGGCAGGAUCGAAGUCCCGCCAUUGAACUUCAACGAGAAGCAUGCGGAGUUGCCGAGUAUGGUGCAGAUCAUGUAUCUGGGCGAUUCACUAUGCGGACACCCUGGGAUCGUGCAUGGAGGGCUGUUGGCCACGAUGCUGGACGAGGGGUUGGCGCGGGCGUGUUUCCCUGCGCUGCCGAACAAGAUUGGCGUUACUGCGAGUCUGAAGAUUGACUAUCGGGUGCCUUGUCCGGCGGGGAGCUAUGUCGUGCUCAAGGCGUACACGCAGAAAGUGGAGGGCAGGAAAGCGUGGGUGAAGGGGUGGAUAGAGCUGUUGGGCGAGGAAGACGGGACGGGAGCGAAGGUGGUGGAGGCAGAGGCGCUGUUCAUUGAGCCCAAAAACGCGGCGAACAUGGCCCGGAAUAUCGUUGCGAGCGAUUAG